AUGUCGAAGCCCACGCCCUUUGAAACUCCUUGGAGGGAACCCCCUGCUGCUUGUCCGCCAGUUUUUCUCAAGGAAGCCAUAACCAACCUGCAGCGGCUCGAACUCGAGCAUGCACAGCGUGAUGCCGGCACCAUCGCCGACUACCAGAACUCGAGGGCCCUGACGACCGAUCAGUCCAAAUUCAAUGCCACGUACCUGCUCAGGCUGGUGUCGGCCGUGGCGGGCAUCUCUCUGGGGACCGUCGCAGCGUAUUGGGGGUUCAGUCCCCCGGCCGCGGUGCUGACCUAUAUCAGUGAAGACCUUGGUGACGCUGAGAAUGCCAGCCUCUUCAGCAUCGUUUGGACCGCCGCUUGCGCCGUCUCCAUCAUCCUGUUUGGCAGGCUGUCCGAUAAAUUCGGACGCCGCUACUUCAUGAUCGGGGCUUCCGUGAUCGGUGUCAUCGGGGGCAUCAUCGCCUGCACGGCCAAGACAAUGAACGUCCUCAUCGGUGCAAAUGUGUUGCUGGGCCUCUCAGGUGGCGUCCACACCUGCUACGGCCUGACGGUCGGCGAAAUCUGUCCCAACAGGUACAAGUUUCUGGGAAUCACCUUUUGCGUCAUUCCCAGCAUCUUGACGACGGGAUUUGGGGCCUAUAUCUCCUUGCGACUUGUCAACACUGGCGCGGGCUGGCGGUGGUGCUAUUACACCUACCUGAUGAUGAUGGGAGCCGCAGCCGCGUUGCAGAUCUUCUUCUACCACCCUCCGAGCUUCCAGCAGCUUCACGGCGGGAAACGUACAGUCAUGGAGGAAGUCAAGCGGAUUGACUUUGUCGGCAUUUUCUUGAUGACGGCAGGGCUUUCCAUGUUCCUGCUGGGUGUCUCUUGGGGUGGCUCUCCUCUUCCCUGGACAUCAGCCCGUAUUCUCAGCCUCCUCAUCGUUGGAGGAGUCACCUUGGUCGUGUUUGUCUUUUAUGAAAUCUACUCUGGCGUCGCCAAUCCCCUCAUCCCCAUGUACUUUUUCAAGGACCUCCGGGGGUUUACGUGCUUGGUGGUUAUCUGUGGCAUCUCCGGCAUCUCCUACGUCGCUCCCAGCAUCAUUUGGCCGACUCAGGUCGCCGAGAUCUACGGCUUGAACACGACGGGCUGGCAGGAGAAUGCGUGGCUGUCGACCACCAUCGCCUUCGGCAUCAUUGGGGGCAUUUACCUGUGGGGGCCCAUGAUCGCGGUGGUCAAGCACGUCAAGUGGCAGACGGUGGUGCUGGCCGCCAUGGUCAUGGCCUUCUCCGGGGCGCUGGCUUCGAGCAACCAGUACAACCGAGGCCAGAGCGCGGCGUUCUCAUUCCUCACCACGCUCCCCGGCGGCAUCCUCGAGCUGAUCCCGGUCUCGCUCGUGCAGAUGGAAGCCAACGACGCCGACCUGGGGACCGUCUUUGCCAUUCUCUUCCUGGCCCGCACGACCCUGGGCUCCAUUUUCGCCACCAUCUACCUGGCCAUCCUGAACAACAAACUGCCGGGGGAGAUCGCGUCCAAGGUGCCCCAGGCCGCCCUGGCCGCGGGUCUCCCCAAAUCGUCGCUGGCCGACCUGCUCCAGGCCGCCGCGGCGGGCACGACUGCGGCCUUCAGCGCCGUCCCCGGCAUGACGCCCGAGAUCCAGCAAGCGGCCAUCAACGCCCUGCUGCACGCCCGCUCGGUCGCCUAUUCGUACAUCUACUAUUCGUCCAUCCCGGUCAACUUCUGCGGCGUCGUCGCCGCCUUGUGCAUGCGCGACUACGACCAUCUCCUGAACAGCCACGUUCCGCGUCAAAUCUACAGCCACGGACAGGGCGCCGACGCUGCCGAGAAACAGGCGGCUGACGAGGAGAGAUCUCCGGUCGAGACAGUCGAUGCCGUCAAGAAUGAGAAGAAGCCCUGGAGACAGGUGGAAAGCACCAGUUCCGAAUGA